CAUCUUCCCAGCCGCUGCCCUGCCGCUCUUAGUGCCUGUGCUCCCCGGUCCAGGCUCUGCCUCUCCUCCUGCCUCCCCUCUUCGUUUCAUGUUCCAGCGGUUCACCUAUUCAUAGUUCCUACGUGUCUCCCCAUCACCCUCAUCGCCUUCGCUCAAUUCCUCCGUUGAUACUGGAGAUGAUGACAAAUAUUUCCCUUCCUAUCCAUACAGCUACACAUAUUGCCAUCAUUCUUCCAGCUAUCCUUCCCACUGCCUCCGGUUCCCUCUACUGACGAACGUUACUGUUCGCUGUUAUAUCCGCUGGCCUCACUCCGUGCGGACUGUUUUCAAAUAGUUACGUGGUUCUUCCGAAUGCCAUUGUAAGUUCCCUAGACCGGUUCAGACGCUCCUUUCCUUCCUACAACAACAUCUCUCAUGGCUGAAGAAGUGUUCGAGUUCACCCCUGUGCAGCGGCACCUCUCCAACAAGGCUGCUGCUGCGGCGUUGAAGCAAUGUGCUUCAGUCUCCGUCCAAUCGGUCUCUCGACCCUCUUCCCAGCUCUCACACAGACACACAACUCCCGAGUGCAAGGGUCAGCGAAACCUGUUCAGUGUGCGUACAAAGUAUCUUGCCAUCCGGAGCAAGUCCUGUCUGAACAAGCAAUGCUGCGCCUUUGCUCCGUCCUACAUCCGUGAACACGACUUUUCGGCUUGGUUAUUCGGCAAGCAGGCUCAGAAUCCGCCAUACGCCCAAACCAGCAUCCCCAUGGUCGACUUGGCCGCAGGCAAUGCAGGCACCGCCAAAUCUGCAGCGAUUCGCCCUUGCACAGGCGUCGUCUCUCCCACCCUGGAGCAGUCAGCUCUGGCCCAUGCGCUCGCCGACUUGCAUAUUCGCGACCCUACGUACGAGCUGCGUUCCCUGGAACCGAUCAGCAGCAAUGAUGAUGAAGCUGUUGACGACGACAACAAUGUAAACACAAACAACAAUGCUCGGCCCCUGCGGUACCGCUCCUCUUCCACUACAAAUCUCCACAGCACGCCUGUAAUGUACGACGGUCUUCGUUCGCAGUAUGCGGGAUCCUUCGAUUGUUUGCACCGGUCUCUGACCGAUUUGUGUCGCAAGCCAAACCCGCCGGCUGCUGCAGGCAAUCCUCGUUUUGCGUCCAUGCGCAUCUAUCGCGAACGACACGCCAAACGGCAAACAUCCUCCGCUAGCAACACACCUCCCAUCUCCUACCCGGCUCAUUGCCGUUCCCAGAUGGCUAACGCCCAUUCUUGUCUCUCCUCUCCUCAUUCAAGUGUCAUUCAGUUGAACGAGUUGGCUAGCGAUCCCACCAAUUCAGACUUUUCCGUAGCGGAAGCGGACACUGCUGAUGUCAGUUAUCAAUUGCGACACACGCCGUCUCGCCAGUCCUGCUGUGUUCGCCAGGCACCCUCCAUCCGUUCCCUGGCUCCCAGUAUACACUCUGCCUCUUCUAGUCUUGCCUCAAACCCAAAGGAAAACAGGCUGUUUCAAUCCAUGCACGGCAACAAGUCCUCUUCUAAUAGGUCUUAUUUUUUUAGACGUCGACGCAAACGCGGAGCCGAAGACUCUGCCUCAGCGGACGGAAAUCACAAGGUAAAACGACGGAGUCGUUGGCGGAAUAUUAAGCGUCAUGUUCGAGACUUUUUUCUUAUUUUCAAAUAAGCUGGAAAGAUUUUGAUUUCUUCUAAGAAAAAAAAACGUUCUUUUUCACUAAUGGGCUCCGACAUGACAAACCAUUACUACUUGAUGGCUUUUUUUAUUCCUUGUUACUUUUUUCGUUACUCAUAAUUUUUUUCUAUUACUUCUUCUUUUUCUUCUUCUUCUUCUUCUCUCUUAUUCUCUCUCUCACGCACUCCCUCCUUAUGGUUCUUUUCCUAUUUAUUCACGCCUCCUAUUCACCUAUUUAUUAAUGUAUCUUUCACGACUACUUGCGUACUUUUCUUAAUAAAAAGAUAAUAAUUUACGCAACAAACUAGCUCGUCUAUUCGAAUGCGAUUUGCAACCAACGAUAGCCUCUAGUAUUCUCUCUGCAUUUGUC